AUGGGGCUCAUAGAAAGUAGAGAUGUAGAGUUCCUUGAAGAACUCAAUAACAUUGAUAAUAAUCCAGUAAAAGAUCACAAUGAUCUAUUGGAGGACCUGAUUUAUUCAGAUGAUCAGUCUGGCAAGGAACCGACUGGAGUACAGUCUGGUAAUGAACUGACUAUAGAUCAGUUUGGCAAUGAACCAACUGAGCAAGAAUUGAUUAGAAUACAGUCUGGUGCUGCUGUUGAAUCGUGGCUGAAGAAUCACCGAAACCUUCCGCUGCUAUACUUCUUCUGGGUUUCCAUCACUACCACCAUAAGCAUUUGUAGAAGUAUGAAUUACUUAGAUCGAAAAGGAAAGGCCUGUGCCCAAGCUUGGAGGGAGGAUCCAUCUGAAAGCUCAUCAAAUUCAUCAGAUUCCUUCAUUCUUGAAAAUCUGCCGCCACCGCCACCCCCACCAUUUUGGUCAUCACUAAGAGAGGCGCAAGAAUCUGAACCUAUCCAGGCAGCUCCUGUGAUCCCACCUCCACCCGCAAAAAGCAAAGAGAGAGAUUUGUUUUUCAAGGAGAAAGAGACUGCUGCUCCAGGCAAGAUUGGUGUAAAGUUAGGCGGACUUUCCCUUCGCAAAAGAAAUGGAAAUGGCUCGCAGAGUGGAAGCAUGAAGUUCAAUGAAUGA